CCAAGUUAGAAGACUUUUAAAAGUGUUGUCAUGGGAUGUUGCUCAAUCUGGGAAGUAUUGGCACUAAAUCAUGCUGCUAAGCAGAAGCUGGGCUGACACCACCCACAACUAGCUGUAGUUAACUGCAAGGACUUCUCCAAAGAGCUGCUGUAUACUUACACAAGGAGAGCAGCACAGGAAAAGAUCGGAGGGAACAGCUUCUGCUGUACUAAGAAAGAUGCUGGAGAGCUCUUCAGUCCCUUUGUUCAUUGUCUUCAUCCUAGUUUUCAUUUUGCUGCUCAUUGUGUUGCUCAUCAGGAAAAAUGCCACUGCUGCCCUUGUCUGGAAUGAAAUAAUCCGGGAGAAAGUAACCAAUUUCAUCAUGAGUCAGAGCAAAGAGCAGAGGAUUUUAAAUUUUGUGCUGCAGAAUGCAGUCAGAGGAGACCCCAGUAGUGUGCUGGACACUAUAGACAAAUACUGCUCCCAGAAGGAGUGGGCCAUGAACGUGGGCGAUGAGAAAGGUAAAAUCCUGGACAAGACAGUGGAAGAGGCCAAUCCAUCAGUUGCCCUGGAGCUGGGAACGUACUGUGGCUACUCAGCAGUGAGGAUUUCUCGGCUGCUGAAGGCAGGAGCUCGUCUGCUCACUGUGGAGUUCAACCCAAAAUUUGCUGCUAUAGCUAAACAGAUGAUUGAGUUUGCUGGAGUACAAGAUAAGGUAAAACUCCUAGAAGGCCCUUCAGAGGAAAUUAUUCCCCAGCUGAAAAAAAAAUAUGAAGUGGAUACUCUGGAUUUUGUCUUCCUGGACCACUGGAAAGACAGAUACACACCAGACACCAUCCUGCUUCAGGAGUGCAACUUGCUGAGGAAGGGCUCAGUUCUUCUGGCUGACAAUAUCAUUUUCCCAGGAGCUCCAGAUUUCCUUAACUAUGUCCGCAAGAGCCCCCAUUUCCAAUGCACUAACUACCCAUCUCAUCUGGAAUAUAUGCAAGUGGAAGAUGCCAUGGAGAAGGCUGUGUUUUUGGGAUAAAGAGUCAUUAAUAAUCGACUUUUGUUUCAAAUUAUGUAAAUGCAACUGCACAGGUUAACUUGUCUAUGCUUUACCGUUUUUUUAAUUACUAUUAUUUUUUUAUUUUGGAACGUGUAAUUAAACAAGCAUUAGGGAUCUUUUUAGGCAAGGUAGAAACCAAAAUAUGGAGUGAGUUUGGUCUGUGCCAUGGUACCACAUUAAUUUGGCAAACCCAAGGUGAUGCAGAUUGCCUUGCCUUGACCAGUACAUCAUCAAAAAACAGUCUGGCAUUUUGAACUCAACUUGACUAACCACAGUUCGGGUUUAGGGUGGAGAAAUACGCUGCAACUUCUGAAGACUUGUGUCCCCAAGCUAAACUCAUUAAUCAUUAGCAAGAGUGGAAAAAAAAUCCAUGUUGCAAGAAAAGACCAUUUCAUGUGCCCUAUUUUUGCUAAAUUACUAGCAUGCAUCUUGAUGCAGUGAAGGCUCCUAUUGUGAGAUCAGAUACUUCUUUGCACAUUUACUGCAAAAGUUAAUCAUCUCUAUGUGAGAGAAAAGAGCACACACUGGAAGAAGGCAGACCCAUGCAGUGAUGAGAACAACAAAACAGAAUUUCGAAAACACAAACAAAUAAAAUUAUUAAUCUGCCCAUGCAGAGGCAGGGAAAAUUGAAGUAGUAAACAGAUUAAAAGAAAUACAGUAACAGGUAACAAAAGGAGCAGACUCUUUCCAAAAGAAUACAAAACUACAUAAUAUUUGACCUUGAUGAAAUGCUGUUUUUCCCCUCAUUAUACUUACAUACAUAGUACGUGCUUUUAGGGGCAGGGCAAGCUGCCUACUCUGAAAUGCUGGCUAUGUUUAAGAUGCUGUACAGAAAUAAAGUCCAGAGAGAAUGGGUUUUAGCAGGUGGGUCCUGCAUGUCCUGGUUAACCCCAGUGCUGUUACACCAUGUGAAUAGUGUGGGUUGUCAUUGAGAAGAUUCAAAGCCAAAUAGGAAGUCUCUAACUCACCUGAACAAUGCAGAAAUCCCGUGGCAUUUCCUAGCAUGUCCUGCUGUGAUUAUAUAAGGUAGCAACAGUUACAUUUCUAAAUAAAAAGUAACAA